UAUGAUACCACAGAUUCGCAAUAAUUGUAUGGCAAUUUAUAAAUACGGUGUGUGUAGUGAGUGUCGUUAGGUCGUGUGUGUUUGUGUAUUAAUGCUUAAAAUGCCAUUUGUAUGUUUUUAAUCAAAACUGGCCAAGGUACAUUAACUUUAAAAGAAAAGGAACAUUUUUGAAACAAUAUGACAGAGAAACUUUUUCAGAAUGAUGACCACCGUGAAAUUCGCGUGUGGUGCGAUGGUUGUUAUGAUAUGGUUCACUUUGGUCAUGCCAACUCUCUUCGACAAGCGAAAGCUUUAGGAGACAAAUUAAUUGUCGGCAUUCAUACUGACGAAGAGAUUACUAAGCACAAGGGCCCCCCUGUCUUUACGGAACAGGAGCGAUACAAAAUGGUGCGUGGCAUUAAAUGGGUGGACGAAGUGGUUGAAGCGGCUCCCUAUGUAACCACUUUAGAAACAUUGGAUAAAUACAACUGUGAUUUUUGUUGUCAUGGAGAUGAUAUCACGAUGACUGCUGAUGGAGUUGAUACAUACCAUUUAGUUAAAGAAGCUGGCAGAUACAAGGAAGUCCAGCGUACAGCUGGGGUAUCCACAACAGAUCUGGUUGGACGAAUGCUCUUGCUUACACGCCAGCAUUUCAGGCAAGGUAAAUACGAAUAUGACGUUGCAAAAGAACAUUCGUCUUCGAUGGGAACAGAUUCGUCGGCGCGAUCGCCAUGGACCGGUUGCUCGCAGUUUCUGCCAACCACUCAGAAGAUUAUUCAGUUUUCAGAUGGCAAGCCUCCAAAACCAGAUGAUAAAAUAGUCUAUACAGCAGGCGCCUUUGAUUUAUUUCACGUGGGGCACCUGGAUUUCCUGGAAAAGACUAGGAGUCUCGGCGAUUACCUGAUAGUUGGCUUGCACACAGAUCCCGUCGUUAAUCAGUAUAAGGGUUCGAAUUUCCCCAUAAUGAACCUGCACGAACGGGUGCUGAGCGUUCUGGCUUGUAAAUAUGUGUCUGAGGUGGUCAUUGGAGCACCCUACACGGUCACCAAAGACUUGAUGGAUCAUUUUAAAGUUGAUGUAGUGGUGCAUGGAAAGACGUUCGUUAUGCCUGACGUAUCCAACGAAGAUCCGUACCGCGUGCCGAAGGCUUUGGGGAAAUUUAUUACUGUUGAUUCCGAAAAUGACAUGACCACCGAAAAGAUUGUAGAGAGAAUUAUUAGAAACAGGUUGGAAUUCGAGGCAAGAAAUAUUAGUAAGGAAAAGAAAGAAAUGGAGCUUCUCAGAACUCUCAAACAAAAGGAGCAACAACAAGCAGUUAUCGUGUAAAAUAUGUGAUU